AUUAGCUGCAUUGUUCAAUAUACAGGCCCUUUUAAGUUAGAAUAUUUACUGAGUCUUUGGUUUGAAAUGCAUUUUCUUUACUGGUUUUCUUAUGACAACUUGUUCAAAUCAUGUCCAUGUAGGUUAUAUAAUGAGUAAGCGUGUCACCGAUGAGCUUGGAAACAUGGAGAUGGAUGUUAUUAGUGUUUCUUCAUCACGUCGCAGCUCGGAGAAUUCGACAUAUGUUCACAAGGUGGGAAAGCCUCCUAAGAAGACCCUGCUGAAAGAAAUUGGAUGCAUUGUGAAGGAAACUUUCUUUUCCGACGAUCCUUUACGCAAUUUCAAGGAUCAACCGAGGUCGAGAAAGUUUGUGCUAGGCUUACAGGCAGUGUUUCCUAUUCUUGAAUGGGGAAGGCACUAUAGCCUUUCUAAAUUCAAAGGUGACUUCAUUGCUGGACUUACAAUUGCAAGUCUUUGCAUUCCGCAGGACAUUGGAUAUGCAAAGCUCGCCUAUCUGCCUCCACAAUAUGGUUUGUAUAGUAGCUUCAUUCCGCCUCUUAUUUACGCAUUCAUGGGAAGCUCACGGGAUAUUGCCAUUGGACCGGUGGCCGUGGUGUCUCUCUUGCUUGGUACUCUCCUGCAUAACGAGAUUGACCCGUCUAAAAAUCCGGUGGAUUACCGGCGCCUUGCGUUCACAGCUACAUUCUUUGCUGGUGUCACUCAAGCCACAAUUGGAUUUUUCAGGCUGGGGUUCUUGAUAGACUUCCUAUCUCACGCUGCCAUUGUUGGCUUCAUGGCUGGUGCUGCUGUUACCGUUUCCCUUCAACAACUUAAAGGCCUGCUCGGAAUAAAAAUAUUUACGAAGAAAACUGACAUCGUCUCAGUCAUGCGCUCGGUUUUCUAUGCAGCACAUCAUGGUUGGAAUUGGCAAACUAUACUAAUAGGACUGUCCUUCCUUGCCUUCAUUUUGGUUGCAAAAUACAUUGGGAAAAAGAAGAAGAAACUAUUUUGGGUGCCAGCAAUUGCACCGAUGAUCUCUAUCGUCCUCUCCACCUUUUUCAUGUACAUCACACGAGCCGACAAGCACGGUGUUCAGAUUGUAAAACAUAUCAGGAGUGGAAUCAACCCACCAUCUGUGGAUGAAAUAUUUUUCUCUGGAGAAUAUCUUGCCAAAGGUUUGAGGAUCGGUGUUCUAGCCGGUAUGAUGGCGUUAACGGAAGCUGUAGCAAUUGGAAGAACAUUUGCCUCCAUGAAGGACUACCAGUUGGAUGGAAACAAAGAAAUGGUAGCAUUAGGAACAAUGAAUAUCGUCGGUUCGAUGACAUCUUGUUAUGUGGCCACAGGAGGCUUCUCUCGUUCGGCAGUAAACUACAUGGCCGGAUGCCAUACGACGGUAUCUAAUAUAGUGAUGUCUGGUGUUGUGCUACUAACAUUGGAACUCAUAACUCCAUUAUUCAAGUACACUCCAAAUGCUAUACUAGCUUCCAUUGUUAUAUCUGCAGUGAUUAGCUUAAUUGACAUUGAAGCAAUGACUCUGAUAUGGAAGAUCGAUAAAUUCGACUUUGUUGCUUGUAUGGGAGCCUUCUUUGGUGUAGUUUUCUCUUCUGUUGAGAUAGGCCUACUAAUUGCGGUUUUGAUAUCGUUCGUUAAAAUCCUCUUCCAAGUUACGAGACCUCGAACGUCCGUUCUGGGAAAGCUUCCAAGGACAACGGUUUAUAGGAACAUCCGCAUAUACCCUGAUGCAGCAAAAGUUCCAGGCAUCCUCAUUGUUAGAGUUGAUUCUGCAAUUUACUUUUCCAACUCCAACUAUAUAAAAGAAAGGAUUUUGAGACGGCUGAUGGAUGAAGAAGAGAAACUGAAAGAAAACUCCCAACCCAGAAUUCAGUACCUGGUCGUCGAAAUGUCACCUGUUACUGACAUUGACACAAGUGGCAUCCAUGCCAUGGAAGAGCUAUUGAGAAGCCUUGAGAAGAGGGAUGUUAAGCUUGUUUUAGCAAAUCCAGCGCCAGUUGUGGUGGACAAGCUCCAUGCCUCGAAGUUUCAUGAGAUGAUAGGGGAAGAUAAGAUCUUUCUCACUGUGGAAGACGCAGUAAAAACAUGUGCUCCCAAAAUGGAUUUAGAACCAUAAGUUGUUGUCAAACUAAUUCUGGAGAUUCAAGGCAUGGUUCGAUGCCGAAGAAGGGGGUGGUGAAGGAGCUUUGAAUGUGAAUAGUGAAUAAAGAUGUAUAUAUAUAUGGAGGGUGAUUCA